GUUUGUGCACAGUAGUUUGUUUUCAACGAGGGUUGCUUCAGGUUACUUGAACGAAAUAUAAUGAUAACGACGUCAUCGUCAGGAUAUCGCAGGCUGGAGAUAAAAGGAUACGAAGGACAGAUGUCAAUAAAUACACGUAGAAGGCGCACAUGUGCGCUAUAAUACACUAUCAAGCAUUGUUAUGCUACGUGUACCUGUGGACGCUGCACGUAGAGGAGUAUUGUCAUUGAUAUUUAUACUUUGACCCGGCCGGUGAACAGAAACAUCGAGCAUUCGGGACAAAAGACGGAGUCUUUUUGACAUUUAACGAGCUAACACAAGCAUCAAAAUGACCACGAAGCAUUUGAGUGCCGGAUCGGUGCCUCCACCCCUUGUACCUGGAAAAAUACGUUUGUACAGUAUGCGUUUUUGUCCAUACGCGCAAAGGAUACACCUUGUAUUGGAUGCCAAGCGAAUUCCAUAUGAUACAGUAUAUGUGAAUCUAACAGUUAAACCAGACUGGUUAAUAGAAAAGAACCCAUCAAAUAAAGUUCCUUGUAUUGAAUUAGAAAAUGGAGAUAUACUAUAUGAAAGCCUAAUCAUUGCUGAUUAUCUGGACGAUGCCUAUCCUGAAGAUAAACUUUAUCCAAGUAAUUCUUUAGCAAAAGCUAAAGAUAAGUUAUUGAUUGAGAGAUUUAAUGCAGUGAUAGCAACUAUGCACAAAGGAUUUGUUCAAGAAACAUUCGACCAAGAGGUAUACAGUGAGGCGCUAGCCAAUUUAGAAAUCUUUGAUCGAGAGUUGGCCAAGAAAGGAACUCCCUUUUUUGGAGGAAGCAAACCUGGCAUGGUGGAUCUAAUGAUAUGGCCAUGGUGCGAAAGAGCAGAUGUAAUAAGAAUUUUACGGGGGGAGCAGUUUGUCAUACCUCGAGAACGUUUUCUGCGACUGCUUGAAUGGAAAACUGCUAUGAAAGAAGAUCCGGCAGUACGUGGCAGCUUCUUGGAUGCUGAAGUACACGCCAAGUAUAUUCAGAGUCGCCUAGCCGGAAUACCUCAGUACGACCUAAUAGUUAAUUAAAGAUGAUACAUGUGAAUGCUCAUUCCACUUAAAGUUUUUGAUUUGAAAGAUUUGUUAUUGUUUUCUUUACAUGUUGUCAGUUUAAAUAGAUGGAUUCUAUAAUUA